UCAAAUCAAUAAAUCUAUCUUCUCCACCCCUUUUCUCCAAUCAAUAAAUCUAUCUUCUCCAUCCUUUUUCUCCAAUCAAUAAAUCUAUCUUCUCCUCCCCUUUUCUCCAAUCAAUCACACUCUCUCUCUUGCAUCCCUCCUCUCUCUGUCUCUCCACUUUCUCACUCCCCCCUCCUACUCAGGCACCUUUCUCUCCUUUCAACUUUGGGUGUCACCAAACGGAGGGGCAGCCAUCGUCGACUUUAAAAAUCGUGUUGCCUCCAGGACCUAAAGCAAUGUAUAUCCAUAGCGCUCCCAAAACCAUGGAUUAUUGGACUAACCCUCUGCAACUAAUCCUCGCAACCCUUUUUAUAAUCAUCCUCCUCCACCUAUUAAUCAGGAAAAGAAAUCUCCACAGUAAACAGGCUCCGGAGCCCGGAGGAUCAUGGCCGCUGAUCGGCCACCUCCGAGUCAUCUCUGGUAAUGUUCCUCUCUACAAGAAAUUAGCUUCUUUGUCCGAUUUGUACGGGCCUGCCUUCACCCUACGCCUGGGCUUUCACCGGAUGCUAAUACUCAGUAGCCGAAAUCUCGCGAAACUUUGCUUUACCGAGAAUGAUCGAAAUUUCAGUACCCGCCCAAAAUCCCAGGCCGCAAAAGUCAUUGGUUAUGAUUCGGCCAUGAUAGGAUUUGCCCCAAGUGGUCCCCACUGGCGCAAGGCUCGGAAAAUCACGACCGUCCAUCUCCUCUCUUUGAAGAGCCUGGAGGCGAUAAGGCACGUGCGUAAUCAGAGGUUCGCACAUGUGUAAGGGAGCUGUACGGGCUGUGGGUGGGCAAUCGGCAGGAUCCGGUGAAGGUGGAUAUGAGGGAUAUUCUUGGGACCCUGACUUUAAAUUUCACGGCGAGGAUGGGCGCCGGAAAAUGUAAUAUCCGGCGAGAUGACGUGGAAAUCCGGCGAGUCAGGGCUUUGAUAGAGGAGACUUUCUUUUUGAUGGGAGCUUCUUCUUUGUGUGAUGCUUUGCCUUUUGUUUGGUUCUUGGAUUUAGGUGGAUAUAAAAGAAAGAUGAGGAAGGUGGCAAAAGAGCUUGAUUUAAUCGCGAGGGGCUGGGUGGCUGAUCAUCGAAGACGGAAAAUAAUUCCCGGUGGAGAUUCCGGCGAGUACUCCGGCGACCGGGAUUUUAUUGAUGUGCUUCUCUCACUAGUGAAGGAGGGGGAGUGGCCGGGUUCCCAUGAGGUGGACACUGUCAUCAAGGCUAUUGUCCUGGAAACUUGCUGCAAACUGAAAUGAAUGGACAAGGGUAAUAUAAUCGGUGCGGUUUGUAUGAAGCUGACGCUCUAAACAAUCAAUGUAACUGCACUUUCAAAUAGUGUCAAAAAACGUGGUUUUAAUACUGCAAAUA